GCAAGUCCGCCCGUUCGCCAGUCUUAACGUAACGGUCGUGGCGAGAGUGGGUCGGUUGUCGCGUUCGCGGAAGCAAUCGUAAACGUUGUCGGUAUCCUUUUUUUUUUCUUUUUUUAUUCGUUUAUUUUAUUUUUUUUGUCGGUGUCGUUCCGUUUCCGGUUUUCCUGGUGUGUACCCGGGCGACGAACACUGCGGUACAUUCGAUGGACGCAUCGCACGAGGAUAUCCGUUGAAUAUAAACCGUCGAAACACUACAAUCAAUCUUGGAUAAUUCAGAUUGCAAUAAAACAUGUGGUUUGACCUGUUUUUAAUAACAUCAUUUUACACUUGGUCAUGUGAUGGGUUGAUGGUGAAAGCAGUGGUGCCUCGAUAUAAGGUUCGCGGCGAGACGGCCGUGCUCCGUUGUGAUUUCGAGUUGGAAGGCGCGUUGCUAUACGCGGUCAAAUGGUACCGGGAGAACGAGGAGUUCUAUCGGUACGUACCCAAGUCAGACCCUCAGAAAACUUCGUACAUCGUAGACGGGAUCAAAGUCGACCACGUACACUCCAACAGUAGACAGUUGACUUUGAGAGAUAUUACGCUGAAAUCCACGGCUAACUAUCGAUGUGAAGUUUCUGCCGAAGCACCAUCGUUCGCUUCCGCACAAGAUGGUGGCCGAAUGGAAGUUAUAUAUUUGCCGAAAGACGGUCCUUAUAUCACUGGUGAUAAGUCUAUUUACCAGUUCGGAGACUCGAUCAAUUUGAACUGUACGUCGGCUAAAUCAUAUCCAGCAUCUAGUCUUAAUUGGUUCAUAAACAAUAUUUCGGCCAGAGAAGAAUCAUUGAAGAGGUACCCAGCGCAAAAACACCCUCGAGGGCUUGUGACGACAACUUUGGGGUUGCAUUUACCUUUGGACGCGGAGACCGUGGUGAAUGGUGCGGUGAGGGUCAGGUGCGUAGCGGUAUUGUCACCCGUCUUGUGGACCAGUGACAACGAAAAAGUGCUGCCCAGACAGGAUAAAAGAGAAGCACUCCUGCUCGUUACAGGAUCUUCCAACAAGUGUCAUUGCUGCACAGUCACCGUGUUCCUAUUUUCGUUACUGAUAAAAGUGUGUUUUUAAACGGAAAAAACGACAUUUACUACCAGUGAAAAAAAGAAAAAAAAUUACCUAUCAUAUCAAAAUUAUAAUUCUACUCUAAUGAUUUAAGGUUUUGAAAAAUGUAUUUUGUUUGUAAAUUCGAUUGUAUUAGGUUUAGUAAGCUCUCUAUAUAUUAUUUGAUAUAUAAUUUAUUUA